AUGACUUCAUCAUCGGUUUUGGUAUCGCCGUACGGGAAUUCCCAGCAGCACAGCUACAGUUCAGGGCACAGCUACGGAGUUGGGAGCUACAGCACCACCGGUAGCGAGUACGAUGGGAGUUAUGGCUACUCCCACGACACCGAGUACAUGGCUCCCUAUGGCUCAGGCUACCAGUAUGACUGCAAUACCAGCCAGGCGCAUUACAUGCAGCAGCCCACCACCGCACCUACCAGCGAAGCGGAUCGCGCAGCGACCAGGUCAACCGCUGCCGGCUCCGACAAGGACGGCGGCCGAGGCGGGGGCGAGUACAUCACGGGUCUGGUGCAGCGCAGGAUCAUCAUCAGCAAGCUGCACCACCAGACGCAGCACCAAGACGUCAAAAAGCUGCUCGAAAAGGUCCACGGUGUGCUCAAGAUCAAGUUGCAUCCGGCCGACGGCAAGCGCGACAAAAAGUGCCACGCCCUCGUCACCCUCGAUACGCACGAGGCAGCAAACAACGCCAUCGCUCGCCUCGAAGGCAAGACGCUCAAGGGACGCGUCAUCCAGGUACGCCUCGCCGUCGAGCUCCAGCGCCCGCACCGCCCGCAGCAGCAUCACGUGGCGCCGUCGUCGUCGGGGGGAUACGCCCCGUCCUCAUCGAUGUCCUACUCCCCCGAGGGCUCCUACUCAAACGCCUACACCCAGGAUACAAACAGCGUAUACUCAAUCGGGGACGGUGGGGACGACAGCCUCUCUGGGCGUUCCUACCGCCGCCGCGGUAGCCACAAGUCCGGAUCCAAAAAGGACCAUCCUAUGGUUGUGGAUGGCACCAUAGGAUGA